UGUUAAUAAAAUUUCUGUAUGUCUCGAAAAUAUUGUUAUUAAAAUUGUUUAAAAGUGUAAUUCUUGCGACGUCCCGCACAAAGUUGCAGUCAACAGUUGGAGCUGUUGUGUUCGAUUGUUUUGAUGUGUACCCGAAGUCAGCAAUGUCGAUAUGGCCAUCUGUUGUACCCCGAAUCGGCAAACCAAAUGUCGCAAUCUGUUACCUGAUGCUCCUGCUGGCGCUCACUCCAGCGGCUGUUGCUGUGAAGACCACGUACUACGACAGUCCACGACUGCCAACGGCGUUGGUGCCUUUUCACUAUGAACUGCAUUUGCUUACCCGCCUGGAGAACACGCACCCGAUACCCUUCGGCUACGAGGGCGCUGUGAACAUUUCAUUCUUUGUCCACAAGUCCACAGAUGUGGUGGUGCUCCAUGCCAAUGACUUUAGCAUUAAGCUGGCUAAAACUCAGCUUCAGGAAUGGUACACGCUGCAAAAGUUGGCCAUAUUGGAGUUUAACUUCAAUAGAAAGUUGGACUAUCUGAUAAUGAAGGCGGACAGCUACUUGAAGCAGGGCAAGUACUACAGUCUGACGAUCGAGUUCGGCCGCCCAAUGUCGGAGAACAAAAGGGGAGGCUACUUUUUGGCACACUCCACGGACUGGCAGUCCCAGCAGAAGAGCUGGUACUCCCUCACCCACUUUGAGCCACACUCCAUGAGGUAUACCAUGCCCUGUUUCGAUGAGCCCGCCCUGAAGGCCACCUUUAAUGUGACCCUGGGCCACCACAAGCGUUUCCAGAGCUUCAGCAACACGAAAGUUACAGCAGUAUUGGCGCACAAGGCACUGAAGGAUUAUGUGUGGUCGGUGCACGAGACGACGCCACUGAUGCCAACCUACUUGCUGGCCUUCUCCAUUAACAAUCUAACCUGCACUUUCAGCCAGACUGGCGGCCCAAGUCCCGUUCUAUUCCGCACCUGUGCCAAGUCCAGCGAUCUCAGACUCACCACAUUCGCCGCCCAAAUGGCGCCUUUGUUCCUUGAAUACUUUGAGGAGCUGCUACAGAUGGAGCUCCCCUUGAGCAAAAUCGAUCAGCUGGCGGUUGAAAAUUACCACACCGAUGCCAUGGAGAACUGGGGCCUGGUGGUCUACUCCAGCGACUUGAUACUGCAAACCGACGAGCCUGAUGGCUUGGAGCCAUCCCGUCCGCGGUUGCAAGCCCUGCAAAUAAUCUGCCAUGAAAUGGCUCACAUGUGGUUCGGCAAUCUGAUCAGCGUCGCAUGGUGGUCCGAUGUCUGGCUGAAGGAGGGCCUCACCGGCUACUUUGAAGUUCUGGGCAUUGAGCAUUUGUAUCCAAGACUUGGUCGCAGAAUUCUGGCCAAGUACCGCGUGAUGUCCCUGAUGCACGAGACAGAGAGCGGGGGCAUUGUCAUUUCCAGCAUGGAUAUACAAUUGAAUGCCUCCAAGACGUACGUCUACCAGAAGGCCACAUCCGUGCUGCACAUGGCAGAGGGUAUGGUGGGACAUACAACCUUCCAAAAUGCCAUCCAUCGGUAUCUGUACCAGUAUGCAUUCGCAAGCAGCACCACCAAUCAGUUUCUGUCGAGCAUUCAAGAGGGCUGCGAUCGUGCCAACUCCCUGCCCGAGUUCGCUGAUGUCAAGACCAUCAUGGACACGUGGAUCCUGCAGAGCGGUUAUCCGGUGCUGAAUGUGAUACGGAAUACCAGCUUGGUGCUCACUCAGAACCACUUCUCCUUCAACGAGUCACAGAGGCAGCGUUGGUGGAUUCCCCUGACAUACACUACACAGAGUGAGCGGAACUUCAGUGACACCACACCGAAGGCCUUCUUUCCCUCCAACAGUUUGAUGUUCAACCUAAACGUCUUCGUGCCCGAGAACGACUGGAUCAUCUUCAACGUACAGGCCAUGGGCUACUACAGGGUGAACUACGACGAGAGGAACUGGGAUCUCAUUGCUGAAGCUCUGUCGAAGGAUCACCAAAGCAUUCACGUACUCAAUCGUGCUCAGAUUGUGAGCGAUGCUCUGUUUCUCUGGAACACCAAGCGGAUCAGUUGGUCCACCGCGCUGAACGUCCUCAAGUACCUCGUCGACGAGGAUGAGUUUGAACCGCUAAUGGCAUUGGUCGUGGGAGUGACCAACGGCUUCUGGGGCGUGUCUCCGGAGAGUUCCAUGAACAUUGCGAAAUGGCUGAGCAAUGCUGGCAAAUGGUAUGCAGAGUUCAUCAAUUAUACGUUCGACCAGUUGGUGUUCGUCGAGAACAAUCUGGAGUCUGCACCCUCGGAAGAAGACUAACCGCAGGCAACGGGAGACCAUUCAGGAACCGCAGAAUAAUGGGCCAUGCAGCCAUUCGCUUCCCAUUCUGCUGCUCCACCGCAUCUGUCUUUGUGGAGCGGGGGAGGGGGAGCGGGGGCGAAAUGAAACCGCCAUCAAUGAACCGCAAUUGUAUUUGUUUGCAAAUAACUGAGCGUUAUCUGAGACUAUUUAUCUUUAUCUACAACGACAAAAACAACAGCCAGGAGAGUGCGGCAGCCCUUGCUGCCUCCUGCUUCAGAACAAUGGCAAAGGACACCGCCACAGUAGCCAGGCAAGGAGCUCUCUUACAGCCCUGGCAGUGCCAAGGCGCCAACUGAAAUAAUGAUGCAGGCGAAAUAACAAUAAAAGUGGAGCUCGCAGGAGUGGAACCGAAGAUGGGAGAGCAAAAGUAAAGGACAAUAUCGAUGCUCCUUUUCCGCAUAACGGCAGGCGGUAAAGACAAUGCCAGACCCCUAACACUGCAGACAGGAUGCGGAUGCAAUGGAGUCCACUACACAACACUUCAUGCCCCUUUCUCUCAGCAGCUGCCAGCCACUCGACUGUCUUAAGUGCAACGCGAGGACAGCUUUAAGGCCGCUUUAAGAUCCAACCCAUAAAAGUUCGCUUCCCAGUUUAAUAAUAAGAAUAAUAUAAGAAAAGGAAAAGG